AUGGCCGCGCCGCCGGACCCUCAGGAUCAGCUGCUGCAGCCGGCCAGUCCCGGGUUCCAGUGGUCUGGCGACUGGGGCGAGGGAGAGGACGAGGCGGUGACGCCGACGGAGGACAUGCCAAAGCAGCAGGCAGGAGAGGCCGGCCGGGGCUUGGGCGCCGGGGUCGGGCCGCGGGAUCCGGGAUCGGGCCCCGCCCGGCCGCCGCCCGUUGCUAUGGAAACUGCAUCCACAGGUAAGGCGGAUGUGCAGCAAGCGACAGAACAAACAUUCUCCACCACCCCAGAAGACAGGGAAGGACCGUGUUACACAUCUCUCAUAUCUGACCCCUGUUACCCACCGCGGGAGGAGUCCACAUACUUCACUGGAAUUCUCCAGAAGGACAGCGGCCACAGCACCACUGCUAAGAGCCCAGAGGACUUGGCUGCUCCCGCUGUGCCUGGGAUGGAACCUCGGGGCCUGCUCAGUUCCGAUUCCGGCAUAGAGAUGACCCCGGCAGAGUCCACCGAGGUGAACAAGAUCUUAGCAGACCCCUUGGACCAGAUGAAAGCAGAGGCCUACAAGUACAUUGACAUAACUAGGCCCGAGGAGCCGAAGGGUCGGGAGCAACCGCAGCUGGAGCUGCACGAGAAAGACUUGGGCCUUAAGGAGAAGGACCUUGACAUCUCAGCCAGCCCUGAAGGAGCCCGUGAACCUGACACACCAGCUCCCGUGCAGGGCAAGAUCCUCAAGGACCACUUAUUUGAGGAGUCCACGUUUGCACCUUAUGUCGAUGACCUCUCGGAGGAGCAGCACCACGCGGCUCUGCUCAGCGCCCCGGUCAAGAUCAUGCUCACGGAAGUGGAGGCCACCCCGCCAGAGAAGGGCCCUGAGAAACAAGACGUGUGUCUGAAGCCGAGUCCUGACACGGUGCCCACCGUCACCGUCUCGGAGCCUGAGGAUGACAGCCCCGGGUCUGUCACGCCCCCAUCUUCCGGAACAGAAGCAUCUGCUGCGGGAUCCCCGGGGAAGGGCAGUCUCUCGGAAGAUGAGCUCAUCACUGCCAUCAAGGAGGCCAAGGGAUUAUCCUACGAAACCGCCGAGAGUCCCCGGCCGCUGGCCCAUGUGGCUGACAGGCCCGAGCCCAAGGCCCGGGCCGGGCUGCCGACCAUCCCUAGCCCCCUGGACCAUGAGGCCAGCAGCGCCGAGUCCGGGGACUCGGAGAUUGAGUUGGUAUCCGAGGACCCGAUGGCCGCGGAUGACACUCUUCCUGCAGGCUACGCGAGCUUCGGCCACGUGGGGGGCCCUCCGCCACCAUCCCCGGCCUCGCCGUCCAUCCAGUACAGCAUCCUGCGCGAGGAGCGCGAGGCCGAGCUGGACAGCGAGCUCAUCAUCGAGUCGUGCGACGCGUCCUCCGCCUCCGAGGAGAGCCCCAAGCGCGAACAGGACUCGCCCCCGGUGCGCCCUGGCGCCCUGGACGCCAUCCGCGAGGAGCCUCGCGCUGCGGCCCAGGAGCGCACACCCAGCCGGCGGGACCUGGCCGAGCCGGGCCGCUUCCUCGAGUCUCUGUCGGAUGCCCCGCCAGCCGGCCCGGAGAUGCCCACUCGAGACGCAGCCGUGGCACCUGAGGGGCACGCGGCGCAGCGCACACCCGUGCAGGCGGCGACCUCAUCUCCGAGUCCAGGGGCUGCGAAGGGCCCUGGACCUCUGGGUCCUGGCGAUGCGCAGCUGCUGCUCUUCUUCAGUAAGCAGAAAGCGAUCGACCUGCUGUACUGGCGGGACAUCAAGCAGACAGGGAUCGUGUUUGGGAGCUUCCUGCUGCUGCUCUUCUCUCUGACCCAGUUCAGCGUGGUGAGCGUCGUGGCCUACCUGGCCCUCGCCGCGCUCUCGGCCACCAUCAGUUUCCGCAUCUACAAGUCUGUGUUGCAAGCUGUGCAGAAAACCGACGAGGGCCACCCUUUCAAGACCUACCUGGAGCUGGAGAUCACCCUGUCUCAGGAGCAGAUGCAGAAGUACACGGCCUGCCUGCAGUUCUACGUCAACAGCACGUUGCACGAGCUCAGGCGGCUCUUCCUCGUCCAGGACCUGGUGGAUUCCCUGAAAUUUGCAGUACUGAUGUGGCUCCUGACGUACGUUGGCGCUCUCUUCAAUGGCCUGACCCUGCUGCUCAUGGCUGUGGUCUCCAUGUUCACUCUGCCUGUGGUGUAUGUGAAGCACCAGGCACAGAUUGACCAAUAUCUGGGACUUGUGAGGACUCACAUCAACGCUGUCGUGGCCAAGAUUCAGACGAAAAUCCCAGGCGCCAAGAGGCACGCCGAGUAGUGGCUGUCCCUGAGGACUGGACACACACAGGAAUGUCGGGUGGUAACGCCUCCUCACUUGUUACCUGUUACUGCAAAUCCAUGGUUUCUUCUCCCCUCCCCGUCUCCCCCCACCCCGUCACCCAGUACCGUAAUCUUAGAUACAAACUUAACAACAGCUGUUUUCAGGCUGUUCCUGUACCCUUAGGAUAACUUGAGUCACUUGUGUCAAGCGCUGAAGUAUAGAGAAAAGUGUUUUAGCUGUGCUUUUCUUUUUGUGCAUGACGGUGCGAGCCCACCUUAUCUUUUCUUCUUGGAUGUUCUUCUCCUUGCGACGCUUCUGUAGCUUAUAACGCUCCCCCUGGCUAGGCCUUUCCCGCCCAGCGCACCGAUGUGAUUGUGCAAAUCGCUUACAUGUUUUUGGAUUGCUGGUUGGAUUCAUCUUUAAUAACAGUAUAUAGACUUGUAGACCGAUGUUUUAGCAGUUUUCCAACACAUACAAUGUAAAAAUUAAAAAAAAAAAGUCGACCGUACUUAUUGUAAUCAGUUUUGUAUAACUUAGCUAAAGAAAUAGACAAACCCCAAACGAAGACGCAGUACUUUUGUUGUAUGGGACUGAUGGGCUGACUUACAUGUAUGGUAACUAAAAAGUACCAGCCUGUUGACUUUAUUACACUUUGUAUGACUUUAUCUGUACCUCCUAACGGACUUAACUAUGGACUUGGGAUAUUUGCACUUACGUACUUGAUGCUGAAUGCAGAAAUAAAUGUUACUAAA